AUACCUCUCCUUCCCUUCGUCAAAGCCGAGAGGAAUAGAAAGAACCUCGCCUUCUCUCACUUAGUCCUACCAAUUUGCAAUUUCAACUGGCAUAUGAGAAGUUGCAUUCCCAACAUUUUCCAUCCUUGAAAUUCAAUUUUCAAGCUACAUCGAUCCUUCAUUCUUCUAGGUUUUCUUUUUCAUUUCUCUAUCUUCCUCUCUCUCUGUGUCUUCUUCAUUUCUCUCUCUUCUAUGGCGGAUCUCAAGUCAACCUUCCUCAAGGUCUACUCGGUUCUGAAAUCUGAGCUUCUUCAGGACCCUGCGUUUGAGUUUACGGAUGCUUCUCGCCAAUGGGUCGAACGGAUGCUGGACUACAAUGUGCCUGGAGGUAAGCUUAACCGAGGGCUCUCGGUUAUUGAUAGCUAUAGAUUAUUGAAAGAAGGGAAGGAGCUGACUGAAGACGAAAUCUUUCUUACUAGUGUUCUUGGUUGGUGUAUUGAAUGGCUCCAGGCUUAUUUUCUUGUUCUCGAUGAUAUUAUGGAUAACUCUGUCACACGACGUGGUCAACCUUGCUGGUUUAGAGUACCCAAGGUUGGGAUGAUUGCAGUAAACGAUGGAGUUCUUCUUAGAAAUCAUAUUCCUAGAAUGCUCAAAAAUCACUUCAAAGGGAAGCCAUAUUACGUUGAUCUGCUCGAUUUAUUUAACGAGGUUGAGUUUCAAACAGCAUCAGGACAAAUGAUUGAUUUGAUAACCACCAUCGAAGGAGAAAAAGAUCUUUCCAAAUAUGCACUAUCACUUCAUCGGCGCAUUGUACAGUACAAGACUGCCUAUUAUUCAUUUUACCUUCCGGUUGCUUGUGCACUGGUUAUGGCAGGUGAAGAUCUUGAGAAUCAUAUUGCAGUUAAGGACAUUCUUGUUCAGAUGGGUGUUUAUUUUCAAGUUCAGGAUGAUUAUCUAGAUUGUUUUGGCGAUCCUGAAACCAUAGGAAAGGUGGGAACAGACAUUGAAGAUUUUAAAUGCUCUUGGUUGGUUGUGAAAGCUCUGGAGCUAUGCAACGACAAUCAAAAGAAGUUAUUACAUGAGGCUUAUGGGAAACCAGACCCAGAAAAUGUGGCCAAAGUAAAGGCCAUCUACAAGGAUCUCGAUCUUCAGGGUGUAUUUGCAGAGUAUGAGAGUCAGAGCUAUGCUAAACUGAAUGCCUCCAUUGAAGCUCAACCCAGCAAAGCAAUUCAAGCGGUUCUCAAGUCUUUCUUGGGUAAAAUAUACAAGCGCCAGAAGUGAGCUACUCGUAGACUUCUGCUCCCUUGGAUUUGGCUUCAUCAUGCUCUUAUUUCUUAGUAAGCUUGGAACGUAUACAGAUCCUUCUUACUAGCUUCUGAUUUACAUGUUUUUGGUCUCGAAAUAAGGUUCCACGACCUCUAUUCAUAACCUUGGUAUUGGAAUACUGUCUCGUUUCUGUUUUAAAAUGUUGUUAGAUUUACAAUUUGAUUUCUUGAAUAAAUAUAGAACGAUUCUCAUUUCUUA